ACGGCAACAGCAACGGCCGAAGGCAUCGCAGGCACAGUGGAAAAACUGACGUUAAACAGGCGAACAGGAGUCACCGGCUGUGGCAGCAGCAGCAACAGCAGCAGCAGCAGUAGGAGAGAAGCCUCAUCCACGCCCACUUCCAGUCCGAGUUCGAGUUCGAGUCUGAGCUCCAGUUGCAAUUGCAGUGGCAGUGCCACUGACAGUGGCAGUAAGUUACUGUGCAACUUUUGCCGGAGUCCCGUUGGCGCUGUCGUUGUUGUCGCAUAACUCACAGCUGAUGAAAUAUGGAGCUGCUUCAGGUACUCUGCUGCACGCUCCUCCUGCUCCUGGCCCGAAUGCAAGUGCUGCUCGCCGUCAGCUGGGAGGAUUGGUGGACAUACGACGGAAUCUCAGGUCCUGCCUUCUGGGGCCUCAUCAAUCCGGAGUGGUCGCUGUGCAACAAGGGCAGACGUCAGUCGCCGGUAAAUCUGGAGCCGCAGCGCCUGCUCUUCGAUCCCAACUUGAGGCCCAUGCAUAUCGACAAACAUAGGAUAUCCGGACUAAUCACCAAUACCGGACACAGCGUCAUCUUUACGGCCGGCAACGAUACGGUGGCCAACUACGAUGGCAUGCAGACGCCAGUGAACAUAUCGGGGGGGCCGCUGUCGUACCGCUACCGCUUCCAUGAGAUCCACAUGCACUACGGCCUGAACGAUCAGUUCGGAUCGGAGCACAGCGUGGAGGGCUAUACAUUCCCAGCGGAGAUACAAAUAUUUGGCUACAAUUCCCAGUUAUAUGCAAAUUUCUCAGAUGCCCUGAAUCGUGCCCAGGGCAUUGUGGGCGUCUCCAUUCUGCUGCAGCUGGGUGAUCUAUCCAAUCCGGAGCUUCGCAUGCUCACCGAUCAAUUGGAACGCAUACGGUAUGGCGGAGACGAGGCGUUCGUGAAGCGUCUCUCCAUACGCGGCCUACUGCCGGACACUGACCAUUACAUGACCUACGAUGGCUCGACCACAGCACCAGCCUGCCACGAAACGGUCACCUGGGUGGUGCUCAACAAGCCCAUCUACAUAACAAAGCAACAGUUGCACGCCCUGCGCCGUCUCAUGCAGGGCAGCCCCGACCACCCAAAGGCACCGCUGGGCAACAACUAUCGGCCGCCACAGCCGCUGCUGCACCGGGCCAUUCGCACCAACAUUGACUUCAAAACGACGAAAACGAACGGCAAGGCCGCCUGUCCCACCAUGUAUCGCGAGGUCUACUACAAAGCGACCAGUUGGAAACAGAACUAAGACGUAACUAAUGGCCGUUCUGACGUAAUGACGUAGUGACGUAACGUAAGCGCAGGACGUAAUUAGCGUGCGGCGUGCAACAGGAGCUUCCACUAAACAUACAUAUACAACAACCAACAACCCGGGCGAUGCAUCGCGAUCGAGCAGAGCAGAGAACAAGGAGCGACGUGCGAAAAGGAAGAAAGCGGAGAGAAAUACAUACACACACGCAUAUAUACUCGUACAUACAUACAUACUUAUAUGUAGGAGGAGGAGAAUAAAGUGGAGAGCCGAAUAAUAUUGAUAGCGAUUACGAUAACGAUAACAAGCAUUAAAUGUGCAAAUUUUUUUGUGUCUCUCCCAAAUAUCAAUCAGACUUUGAUUGCAGCAGUCAGAGAUGCUCGUUGUAUUUUUUUUUAGGUGUAUGUGUGUGUAGCCUAGCCCUAAAUGCAAAUACUGCGUAAGUACGAUAACGAUAACGAUAGCCAUAGCGAUGACUAGUAAUCAGAAUUACCAGCAUAAUCAUAAACGUAAUAGUCAACUCU